ACCGGAAACGCGGAAGCGGAGCAAGGCCGUGUUUUCAACGGAUGGCUUUUCUGAGGAAGUUUUAGGCUCUUUUUGACACGAUUAUACACCGAACGGACUUUGGAAUAAAGUCGGUUUAACUUUAAAGUGCCUUCUGAAUUUUUCGGAAGCUGUGCUGUAAUCGGUUUGUGAGGACGUUAUAGCCAUCAUCAUGAGCAAUUUUGGGGACGACAGUGAAAAUGAAAUGGAUCGGUACGCGAUGGACCGGCCACCCAGCAGUUAUGGAUCCAUGCAGAGUGAUGAUCAUGAAGAUAUAGAAGAUGAUGACUUUGAAGAACCUGUGCUCAAACAAGAAACAAGGGUCAGGCUUCAUCGCCCAGACUCACCAGAGACUGCGAUUACUGAGCGUACAAACACAAAUCAGUCCAGCAUAUACACAGGUGGACUGGUCCUGAGACAACCCGUCAUGCACAUAGGAGAAUCUUCUGUCUACUCUUACGGCAUUAACAGAGAGCCGUCGUUUGUGGAGCCGUCUGAGCUGCAGAGCGACAUAAGGACAGAAGCAGGGAUAGAUGAAGAGUCGAACUACAGAGAUGUGCAGGAGCAGCAGAAUGACAGCGCUGCAGUGGAGGUGCAGGAGGAGCAGACGGAGGCGACGACAGAGGAGGAUGAUUCUGAUGAAAUCGUUGUCAGAUAUGAAGUUCCAAAAGAUCCUCCUCCAACUCCAGAGGAAGGCCUCGGUCUGCAGUUUCAACACAAGCACGGCUCCUUCACCCUCCGCCAUGUGCUUACGCAAAUGGUGAGGUGUCUUUCCCAGCUCCAUCCGGGAGAGAUCGCCUAUUUUAAGCGCUGUCUAAGUACUCACUGCAGAUUCAGGAAGAACUACUCGAGGAUUGCGGAUCUUAAUGACCCGCUGGAUUUGGUCGAUAAAUUGAUCGAGGUCUCCGGGAUGGGAGAAGCUCUGCAUCUCACCAUACGAUGCCUCCAUAACGUUGGAAAGGACAAUCUGUCCGUUUACCUUAAGAAGACCUGUAGAAGAGUCGUGUUACAGCACGACCUGAAAAUGGCCCACGACAGACGGUAUUACUCUCUCUACGAAGGCCGGUGUCGUCCAGGUCAGCAGCGCUACAUCAGUGACGUCUAUGUCGAACCCGUAACAGUCAUCAGGGGCAACAGGGAGCCCAUCAACCUCGAGAAUGAGGUACAGCGAAUACCAUAUACGAUUGUGGAAACCCAAAUCAGGGCUGCCGACAUCUUUCGGCCCCUUCCUCAAGAACAGAAACCAAUCCGUACAGUCAUGAUGACGGGAAUUCCCGCCUGCGGUGUAACGGUGGCCGUGAAUAAGUUCAUCAUUGAUUGGAUGGAAGGAAAAAACAAUCAAGAUUUUCAAUUCGUCUUCCCGUUGCCAGCGAAGGAGUUGCACCUUGGGAAAGAUGGAGAUCAGAGCUUCCUAGAGAUGCUCGGCAGCUUUUUCGCAGAAGCCGACGACAUAAAUUUCAUCGAGAAGCCCGAUUGCUUGUGUCUCUUCAUCAUUGACGCUCUAGAACUUUGCAAACACAACCUGGACUUUAAAAACAACGAAGUUAUCACAAGCGCCAGGACAAAAGCGCCGUUAGAUGCCCUUCUCACCAGCUUAAUAAAAGGCACGAUGCUUCCUUACGCCCGAGUUUGGAUCACUAGCCACGUCUCUGCUGCCUAUCGAAUUCCUUCACAGCUAAUCGACAGAUAUGUGGAGUUAAGAGGAUUCACAGAUGAGAAGAAGGAAGAGUACUUCACCAAGAGAACCACUGACCCUGAGCUCGGUAGGAAAGUUUACAACCACAUGAAACGCUCCAAAGCUCUCGAGAUUAUCUGCCACAUUCCUGUCUUCAGCUGGAUGGUGGCGUUCAUCUUCGAACGAGGGUUUCGAGAUCCUGAAUACGGCAAACACCCACCUGGCAUCACGGCGUUUUAUUCGCAGUUCAUCGUCGUGCAGAUGAACCGCUCGUUUGAGAAGUACCGCGGCUGCAGUGUUGAGGCACAAAAGUGGAAGGAUGAAGAUAAGAUGUUCAUUGAGAUGAUGGGGAAAAUGUCAUAUCGGCUGAUUCUAGAAGGACGGGACUGGUUUACGGUGGACGAUUUGUCCUCCGUUAACCUGACAUAUGAAGAUUUGCGCUCUCGAGAUGAAUUAACCACUGAGGUCAAACGAAAGAGUGAAGAUUUUCGUACAUGGGUCUUCAAGUUUGUCCACUAUACCGUUCAGGAGUACAUGGCUGCCAUGUACGUAUACGUGGCGUUUAGGAAACAUGGGAAAAAUGUGAUUGAACCAAGCAAGAUGUCUUGGUUUCAGGGUGCAAACAAGGAUCGGCCUGUGAUCGAUCUGUACCGCCCCGCCAUCGACCGCGCAGUGGCGUCUCCGAAUGGUCAACUGGACAUGUUUCUGCGGUUCCUGGUCGGGUUGGUGACUCCGGGAACUGAGGAUAACCUGCGCGGGUACCUGCUCAAUCACUACCACCCCAAAGCCAAAGGCACAGAGGAAGUGCUCAAACACAUCAACAAAAAGUUGAAAGAAAACAUCCAUCCUGACAGGAAAAGAAAUCUGGAGUGGUGUCUGGUGGAGCUGGAGGAAGGCAAAAAAGAUGAGGGAAGAUAAGAAAAACAAAGCGGGACUGUGAAACACUAAACUAAACGCAGCGCCCCGCAGGAACGACCCUUUUAAAGGGAUGGUUCACCCUGUCAUUAUAAAUACUACUGGUCAAAAUUUUGGAAUAAUUUGGAUUUUUAAUUUUUUUUUUUCUUCUUCUUCUGCACACGGAGCCUGCAUUUAUUUGAUCAAAAAUACAGUAAAAACAGUAAAAUUGUGAAAUAUUUUUACUAUUUAAAAUAACUGCUUUCUAUUUUAAUAUAUAGUAAAAUGUAAUUUAUUCCUUUGAUCAAAGCUGAAUUUUCAGCAUCAUUACUCUUAGUCUUUAGUAUCACAUGAUUCUUCAGAAAUCAUUCUAUUAUGCUGAUUUUCUUGCUGCGUUACUGUCAGUUGUGAAAUUUGUGAUACAUUUUUUAGGAUUCUUUGAAAACAUUUUAAAAAAGAAUAUUUAAAAAAAUCUUCUGUAAUAAAUGACUUUACUGUCACUUUUGAUCAGUUAAAUGUAACGUGUAUAUUAGCAGCAAAUCAGCAUAUUAGAAUGAUUUUGUGAAGGAUCAUGUGACACCGAAGACUGGAGUAAUGAUGCUGAAAAUUCAGAUUUGAUCACAGAAAUAAGUUGCAUUUUAAAAUAUAUUCAAAUAGAAAUGUAUAAAAUAAUAUUUUGUAAUAUUACCUUUUUUACUGCAUUUUUGAAUAAAUAAAUGCACCCUUAAUGACUUCUUUCAGAAACAUUCCGAAAAUACUAGUGAUACCAAACUUUUGACGGUAGUGUACAACAUUAACUAGGGAUGUAGCGAUAUCAAAAUCUCAUGAUAUGAUUUCAAUAUAAAGUCCACGAUAUGAUAUUAAAAAAAAAAGAAAAAAAUUCAUCUAAUGCACUUUGAGAGUUCAAAUUUAAGAAAUCCAGCCCAUGUUCUUAACUAAGAAAACCGUCAGAAAAAAGGUAGUGAAUUGACUUGCACCUGAACUUUAAAGGGGACUCAACCUUCUCACACAGGUGUUUUAGGAAGUCAAACAAUUUAGAAUAUAAUAACAUUUUAUAUUAUUGUUCUAUUAUGACAGUAAUAGCCAUUUAUUGUAAAACAAUUGCACUGUAAGAUAAAUAGGUAUAUUAUUUUGCUUCACAAUACAGUAACGAAAUUACAAUAUUUCUUUCCUAAUUUCUACACUUGAGUGAGAUAUUUUGAAUUUGGACUGCAGUAAUGUUACCCAUUUAAGCUGCUCACUGUCAGCAAUUCAUACUGCACUUUUAAGCUUUUGACGGAAAUGACAGUAGAGCUUUUAUUUUGACAGCUUUGGUGAAAACAGGCUUACAAAAAUGCAUAUCACAACAAAUCUAGUGCAAUUCUAUAAUCAUCUGGCCAUUAAAAUGUUGUUCUCAAAUGCUUGCGAAACGCUUGCUUAAAUAAGUUCACCUCAUUCACUGUGAACUGAGCCGUUCUGAGACACGGGAAAACACUGGGUCAUGAGCUGAUAGCAUGAAUGAGUGUGCGCUUCGCUUUGAAAUGAGCAGUGAAAACAGACUUGAUAAAGGGAUUAAGCCAUAUUGUGCUUUUGGUUUUAGUUUGUUUGACAGAUAUUGUGCCAGUGGCCCAAAACACAUCUUUAAAGACCAUUUAUGUUAUAAGAAGUAUAAAUAUAUUUUAAAAACUACGCUUUUUGCCCGGUGAAUGAUAUCGAGACCGUUUUGCUAUCGUGAUACCACGAUAUUGAUAAUACUGUUACAUCCCUAGUAUUAACAUCUUCGUUCGCUGCUGGUUUUACUGAUCGAGAUAACGCAUUUUUCUUCAUUUUUGUUUUUAAGAUAAUCAAUUGAUUUGAGUGACACGAUGUGUAAAUUCUAAAUUCAGGUGAGGAAAAUUUUAUUUAUUGGGUGAGCUGUUCCUUUAACUCUUUUUGAUGCUGAGCCGAGAACAUCAGUUUGCUUGUUCGAGUCAGUAUGAUUGUUUGCGCUUCAGGCUUUCUCUAAAGACCAAUUAAAGAGAAUGAAUACUAAUAAAUAAUGUUAAAGUGCACACAGUGCUUUUUCAACAACAGUUGCUGCUUUCCAGAAUCAGCAGUGCCUGGAAAAAAAGAAAAAAAAAAAAAAGUAAUCUAGUAAAUGUUAAUCGGUGAGUAAGCAGUAACAUUAACACCUUGACUAUUGUCCUGCCACAGCAGCAUGUUAUGAUGUUUUUAUUCAUUGUUCUGUUGAUAUGAGCCGUCAUUGAUUUUACUUGUCAUUUUCUUCAGAUUUAAACGUCAGAAAGAAAUCAUAUAGUCACAUAGUCAUCAAAUAGUUUAUCCAGACCUUUCAAUACGUUCAAGUACUCCGGUCUGCUGAGAUACACUGACAUUUGAUGAAUUUGAGGUGAAAUAGUAUUUAAUUAGCCGUUUUUUUUUAUUGUUGGAGUGGUUUUAAGAGGAGUGAUGGUUUCAAAGCCAAAGGGUUGCUGAUUUAUGCACCAUCAACACCAUUGUGUCUUUAACAAACAUUUUUAAUAAAAGUGUCUCUUAUA